AUGGGGGACGACAUGUUCGAUCGGCUACGGUUCCUACGGGAACUGUCAAGAAGCAAAUACUAUUGUGCGCUGUUGGAAGUCAUUGCACCGUUGGUACGCUUCCGCAUUUCACACGCCGGAUCUUGGCAUACGACCAAGACUUGGGAAUGGGGUAUGUGGUCCUACCGCAAGUCUCAUUGCCCGCCCGCUGUCCACACGAACGCAACCGAGAUCAGAGCAUUCAAGUCGUGGCUCACCCGGAUAACGACGAGCAUGAAGGACACUUCCAUCAGUGUCGAUGAGGCACUGACCGUCGCCCUGACCAUAGGAAUGCUGCUGCACGAUCUAGAAAUGGCGUUAUCGAGUAAUCGCGAUAAGUACAAUUUGCCGGAACAUGUACUUCAGACACUCCACGACCAUGAUUUCGUCAAGGAGCGCCUCCUUUAUGCCUGCAAGGCAUUGGCUCGAGAAUGGCGGGAGGUUCCUCAGCGGACGAAGCGACUUAUGAAUCCUCCGGGCACCGGAUCCGAUGCUUCCGCAAUCGGCGCGAGGAUCAGGAAGCGUGGCCGCAAAGGGGUGCAUGGGUCUCCUAAGGAGGAGCAGCGGGUUACCAAAAAGCUUCGCCGUGGUUAG